CUAAACUAGGAGUUAUAAUGUUAAAGAGAUCAAUACAUACCAUCAAAAAAAUAUUACAAAACACCAACAUAUAAUGCUAAACUAUGACAUUGCCACAAAUUAUACAGUACAAUAGCUUGUACAAUUUUUCUGAUAGAGCCAGCAAUUAGAUCGAUGACGAAAGGGAAUCCGAAGAAGCUUAGUCUGGUCGAGGAAGAAUAGCCAUUGUCUAGCGAAGGAGAGGCGCGCCGUCAGCCGCCACUGUCCGGCAAAGAUUAGUGUGAUAGAGGAAUAAGAGCUCCGCCCCCGAACCAUACUCUGUCCUCUGUCCCACUUUUAAAUGGAUGAGGGAACCCUAGGGCACUACUCUGGAACAAUUUAUGGAUCUGAAUGGGCCAAUCGAAUGAAGGCGUGUGGGCUCGACCUUCAUCUCUUCAGUCUUCCGUCGACGCCCAUGGCUAGCUAGGGGAGAUGACUUCAGAAAAGAUUUGAAAAGAGUGAAAACUUCUGAUGGGGAUGAGGACGGAGUAAAAUGAGAUCCACCCCGCACUGAUGCAAAUGUUAAUUUAAGCAUGAAUAGAAGCAAUUACAUACGUCCAAAGAGCAACUGAAUUCAUGGAGAAUGAAUGACUUGGAAAGCCAAAUAUUACUCCAGUACGCACACAUUCCGUCUUGUGCUCCUUUGACUUGGCAUUGCCAAUAUUUGGGAGGUUCUUUCAUUAUUUUCUUUCCCACAUGUCAAACUCCUCAUUUGUACAAAAAAAGAAACAAAUAAAAAAUAUUGUAAGAAACUACACCUUGAUUUCCAUGACAUUGAAAUUCAAUAUCACAGGAUGACUCGAGGUUCAUACGAUGUUCCGUUUGAAAAAUUAAUGGUUCCUGCCCCUAUAAAUCUCCCGGUCAAGGCUACGCGCCUACGCCCCAAUCCCCAAACGCAAACGGCACCCUUCUCGCCGGUCUUUCAUCAGUUUGUCUUCGCUCUGCGCCCUUCGCCUUUUCCAUAUUCACUGCAAUCGCCUGAUGCCAGGCGCCAGGUCGCCGGCGCAGCGGCAUCCCCUGAACGGCCUGAAGUAGUCGCCCAACCUUCCGCACCCUCAGCCCUCAGGCCUCAAGUCCUCAACAGGUUCUAAUUGGGGCUUUAAUUUCGUACUACGUAUUUCUAAUUUGGGUUUUGGUUGAGAGAUUACUACUCCAUAUUUAUCACUUUGCCAAUUUUAGCAUUUCGUGUGUUCAAUUACAAGCAACUAAGGAUAUGAUUCAAAAUUAAUGAGUUAUUUUUUAUCAUGUGCUUGUAAUACAUUGCUUGAUUUGGC